GGCGCGCCACCUCUGAUAUCAGAUACUUUACACUCUGCUCUAAGGAUGCUGUGGACCGUAAACGUUGCAUUGGCAGGAUGGCUGUGCCUGCUAGUCCUAGCAGCGCCUUGCUGCUGCGAACCCCUAGGAGGUCCUGACCCCAGGCUGGCGCGUCCCAAGUCCUUUGCCUCCCCAGACGACCUGCGUCUCUACCUCGAUCAGCUCGGCCAGUACUUCGCUGUUGUUGGCAGACCAAGAUUCGGCAAGAGGACGUCUUCGGCAUCAAGGGAUACGUCUCUGGGCUCAGGGAUCCCAAGCUACUCAAACUACGCAGCUCCUGCCCAGAAGACGUUACAAGCAGACUCACCAGAUGUUUACGACAUCUUUCAGUAUUACCAACCUCGUCAGCAAGAGUAGACUGUCAAUCACCUGUUUUGUUUUGUUGUUUCCUUUUAUACAGUAAUGUCCGUGUAGUGUUUGUGAAAUGAGACUUACUUGACUGAGUGAACUUAGAUAUCACCCAUUGUACAAUUUGAAAAUAAGUAAAUACUUAAGGUUCUCUUGGUAA